UCACGGUGAUCCGUAUGAGCUGGUCCGAAGUCACAUGAUGAAUGCGGAAGUAACAUCUUAGCCUGACUCGCAGUGGAGAAACAUCAGCAAAGAAGAUUUAAUUGUGAAUAAUUACAGUCUGUGGAUGCGGAUAUGGAGCAUCGGUUAGGCCGGGCGCCGGUGUUGUCUCCGCUGGAGGAGUCGAGUGAGGAGGUGAGCCGAGACAGCGGGAUCGUGUCCCAAAGCGCCAGCACCGUGUCCAUGCUGAGCGAGGGCCUGAGCAACGGAAACGUCUCCCAGAGCCCCAGCUUCGGACUUAAUGUCUCCCAGAGCCCCAGCUUCGCCGGUAACGUAUCAGAAAGCCACAGUUUCAGCGGUAACGUGCCUCAGAGUCCCAGUCCGGACGGUGCUGCUGCCCAGAGUCCUGUCCAUGAGCAGGAGGAUGAGAUCCUGAGACAGACUGCACUCACUUACUCCUCUUACAUCCGAGCAGACGCAGCCGAGGAGAUCUCAUGUCUGGAGAAGAGUCUGGAAGAAAUGCUCACUCGAGUGGACGAGUUUGUGGGGAUGCUGGACAUGAUUCGCAACGACACCUCUCAGAUCGUGAACAUCAGCCUGCCUCAGAUUCAUAGAAAAGCUGAGGAAAUGAGACAGAUUUACAGGAAAAUCGAUAAGCUGGAGGCUUUUGUGAAGAUGGUCGCAGCCAACGUGAGCGUCAUGGAGGAGCAAGUCAUCGAGGCUGAAGGUGAAGCCCGGACUCUACCUGGUGCUUUCAAAAAGAUUUUCCGAACGAUGAACGUCUCGGGAUUUUUAAAUAAACCCUCCAGCCCCAAACGAUCAGCGCCGCCGCAGCAGCACCAGGAGAUUCCCUCCGUGUUCAGGACCGACGACUUCUUCCCCGCUCAGCCGGAACCAUGAUCCUGGGAAAAUCACCGUAGCUUCGAUCUCACAUCGAUGUUCCCGCCAAAAAAAACAAAAAAAAAAAACCGAGACGCCCGCUCGCCUCCGACAGCAAUAUCAGAGCGGUCCUUCGAGAACGCCGAUCACAGCCGAGCACUACUUUAGCACACCGUUAGAUGGCAGCUAGUUUUAUAACGACGUUUUGGUUUUUUAAAGGACUUUUGUUUAAAGUGCCUCUCCUGGAAACAUUUCACUCUCACCAACGCAGCAGCAUGCUCACAAACAGGCAUGUGUCGAGAUCACGUUCAUGUCAUAAAAUAUUUAAGAAACCAUUUAUUACAACUCCAUCUCUGACACACGGAGUUCCGGGUACGGGCUAAAACACUCGUUCAAACGUAUUGUUGUUUCUAUAGCAACGACUUUAACAUAGGGUUGUACAACAUGAACCCGACAUUAAACCUGAAACACUCGAUUCUGUGUAGGUACGAGAAGCUAAAUCAAGUCUAAACACUUUUUAAAUUGAGUUUAUUGCUCCAUGUUAAACGUUUCUUCAUGCACGUGAAGUUCAGAGUCACUUUUCCCCAGAAGAAUCGAUUCACUUGAACGACUCCUUGAACCAUCGAUUCUCAAGAUACAAGAAACUACAAGGAAAGAAUCGAGAGUUCGACUAAGUACAUCCCCUCAUCUCCGUGUAGGUAGGAGGCGCUACAUCAGGUGUGACUCCACCCACCUAGUUUUUUUUUUUUCCCACAUCACCAUAGCAACAAAUCAAAUAUCGUGACAAGUAUAAAAUGUCUUGUCUAUGUCACAAAAUAGAUUUAAAAUAAAAUCCUAUACAAACUUGGCAGAUGUUUAACCAACGUUUAGAUGUAUUAAAUCAUAAUAUUAUAUAGUUACGACUUAUUUAUUAAAAGUUAGGAGAAUUUGAACCUGAAAGCCGGGAGUUUAAGAGGAUAAUUCACAUCUCCUCUAUUGAAGAUAUUUUGUUUAUCCUGUGUUUGUUUUAUAUUUAAAGUUCAAUAUCUCUAUAUAUUGUGCAAAUGAUUAUCGACACAUGCCUAAUAACAGAAAGAAUUUCUGUGGUUUUUAAUUAAGAUUGUGUACACUUUUAUAAUGUUAUCUUCAUCUCAGAUAUUUUUUUUUUUGCACUAAUGUAACUAACAUCACAGUAGCUCGAAUCACCUUCAUUUCAAGUAUAUAUAUGCGUUUAAUAAAAUAUCGUCACCUGCUGUUAUUUGAUAAAAUGCCACGACUGCUUGUGCUUCAUGUUCAGGCUGUAAAUUUCCACUUCCUCCUCUUCACGCCACAGGAAAAGGAAAUCUGUGGUUAUGCCAAUUUUGAGUAAAUAAAUCUUUUUUACACUGAUGAUUAUGAUUGUCAGCUUGCUUGAUAGUUAAGUAGCUAAUUUAAUGAAUUGAUUUGUAAGGAAUGUACAUUUAUUUAUAAUAAAACGCAGAAUUAUUGUAACAAAGUAAAGG